GGAAGCACUAUAGCGGCGGCACCCAUAGAGGAAGUGGGCACGCGGCUGGGUGCUGGGCUCCGCGUCUCCCGGGGACUGAGCUCCGCGCCCGCCACCGGCCGCAGUUCCCGGCCCCCCGCGCCUGUGUGGCUGCUGACCCGGCACCCCUGCUAGUCACAAGCUCAUGGGAGACGCUAAAGCCACCACCAUGGAUUCUCAGGUCAGCAACGGCCCGGGCCUCUGGGACACGCCUGUCACCAACCUGCUGGUGUUCAGCUUCCUGCAGAACUGCUGCGACGGCGAUGGCUUCCACCAGGAGCUGGAGACGCUGCGCGCUGAGCUGCCCCAUCCCAUGUUCCUGCCCGGGUUUCAGUACGAGGGUCUUCGGCCUGCAGGGCCAAAGUUGCCUCAGGGGGCCAUUGGGGUGCUCCCUUACCGGCUGGAGGUCUCUGAUGACGAGCUGCAGACGGACGGCAGCCGCUUCAGCCUCGGCCCUGGGGUCGAAGAGCAGGCAGACUCCGAGAGCCAGGAGGAGGCCAUCCAGGCCAUCGCCCGGCGCCUGGCGGACAUCGGGGACAGCAUGGACCGCAGGAUCCCCCCGGCACUGGUGGAGCGUCUGGCUGCACAGUUCAGGGACGGGCACCUGUCUGAGGGGGAGAGGGCAGCGCGGCUGGCCGAGGCUCUGGACCAGGCCAUGCAUGCGGGCCCCCGGGAGCUAGACGUGGAGCGGCUGACGCUGACGCUGGCCUUGCUGCUGGCCAGGAGGGUGGCAGCCCACGCCCCCUCUCUGCUGGGCACCAUCUUCCGCACCACCGUCCGUUUCAUUAACCAGAACCUGCUCGCCUACGUGCACAACCUCGUCCAAGAUGAGAUGGACUGAGCGGCCGACGGCAGCAGCGUGACUUAACACUUGCCAAGGUAGUUACGGCAGACAGCUGUUGAACAGGGAGCCUUGGCUAUCCAGAGUUCUUUGAGAAGAUGGGCACAAAAAAGCUCACCACUUACCCAUCACUGCUGGUGAAGGUGAUGUUGGGAGCUGGUGCUCCAUUAGGAUCUUCUACCUUUGUGUACUUGAGUCAAAAGACACACUGUGCCUUUAUCGGAGCUGUCCAGGUACCUACUUGAAAAUUAAAAGCUGUGAUUUUCAUGCUUGAGGCACCAAAGGCCAUCAGUUUAAUCCCCAGCACCACCAUAAACCAGAACUGAGCAGUACUCUGGGGAAAAAGAAAGAUGUGUUUCAACCAGAAAAAAAAAUAUCAGUUUUUUUCUUUUUCAGGUGCAGCCUUGGGGAAAUUUUCUAGCUGGUGAUACUGAGCUUGAGGUUAAGGACUGGCGAUGGGGCACACAUAUGCUUACCCCUUAGGAACAAAAGUAACAGCCUUUCUGUUUAAAAACCAGAUGGCAGGGCCAGUGAAAUAGCUCGCUUGGAUGGUGCACUGCUCUGUGGUGUGUGUGUGACCCAGGUUCAAGCCUGGCCUCCACUGCAUUGGGGGAAGCUUUGGUGUUGUCUCUCUCUCUUUCUGCCUUAACUGUCUCUUAAAGACCAGCCCUCUAAAACCUGACCUCCUCCACCUUGGUUCCCCUCUCCUAUUCUGUCCUUUAUAUUCCUCACCUUCUGAGACCAGCCAGAAGAGCCCCAGACAGACAGGUGGCAAUGAGUGAGGACCCAGGCCAUCUUUACUUCCUGAAACCCAGUUCCUUUCCCUCUCUCUCUCUCUCUCUCUCUCUCUCUCUCUCGAAGUUGAAGUGAUGAUAAAAAAAUAUGUCGAGCUGACAGAGAACUGGAAGCUCUGAGGCAGGGUGAGGAACUCAGGGUUCUGUUUUUCAGCCAAGCCCCCUCAGCUCCUGUCUAAGAAGCCCCCUCCUCUGCACCUCCAGAGAACAGGUUUCCAGGUGGAGAGGAUGAAGGAAGCCUAGCUCUCUAUUUAUUGUAUGUGUGUGUGUGUGCUGCACAAAGCUGUCAGCAGACUGGGUCUCUGUUUUCCUUCUCCCUUCAGUGUCAGAAAGGAGAGACACCACAGCACUGCUCCACCACUGAAGGAGCUUCCCAUUUUGCUUGGUGCUCCCAUGUUGUGGUCACAGGCCUGAAACCCGGUCCUCACACCUGGUAGAGUGUGCUUAAACCCCCCCCCCAAAUCCCCGCCAACAGUUGUGGGCUGUUGUUCCUAGGGACACAAUCCAAGUAAUAAUGAAACAGGCCACUCAGGGACUGUCAGCACCAGCCAGGGCAAGUUGGCAUUUACCGACUGCGCCAACUCCUGUCACCAGUGAUAGGCCGUUCCUGUCAUCCUGAUAAGAAGUGACAGCACGGCCCAAGAGAGAGCUCCACACCAGAGCAUGGAACCUGUGUGCCUGAGGUCUUGGGGGACCCAGCCUCAGUCUUCAGCACCAGCCCAUGCUAGACCUGUGCGGUGUGUUGGGCUCUCAUUAGAUUACAUCUUCAAAAACUCAAAAAUAUACACACUGGUCAUAAGAGCACAGUGACGUCAUCUUCACACACACACCCCUUACAGCAGUGUUCUUGGUCCCCUCAACACAAUGCCAGGAGGACAGAGUAAGAGUAGUGAAGUAGGAAGGAACAAACAGCUGUUACCCAAAACACGCUUCUGUCUCUUAAGUUCAAAUUCAUCACCACAGAGAAGGACUCUCCGGGGCUCAGUGCUGAGUUUGCACAGUGUCAGGGCUAGGGGUCUAACUCUCCUCUGUGCUGUGGCGCUAUCCCACACUUGGCUGUUGGCUUUCUAUUUUCUGCACCACCACUGGGGACUAAGACUUCUUGCUUUCAGGUCCUGGAACUUGAUGGCGGAGGAGGAACUACGUGGAGGGUUACAGUGUUAUGUGGUGAAUUGAGAAAUAUGUACCAGCUACUGUCAAAUGUAAACCAUUAAUUCCCCCAAUAAAGAAAAAUGAAAGAU